AUGCUGAUAUGCAAAUGCAGUAGCCACGUGUUUAUUCGUAACUACAGCUGCCUUAACAUCAUUGUUGUAUUUGUUGAAGAAAGUAAAGAGGCACCUCUUUUUCAGAGGUUCCGGUUCUGCGGAGAUCUGGACUGCCCAGAUUGGAUUCUUGCAGAAAUAAAUACGUUGGCGCGUAUGACGUCAAUUAAAAUGAAGCUGCUUUGCCAGCAGGUAGCACGGUCGCUUAUAGGAGAGGGCAUCGACUACGACAAAGUUAAGAAGCUUACGGCGGAUGCAAAAUAUGACACUGGUGAUGUGAAGGGAUGCGUGGCAGCAGUGUCUUUCGUGCUAACAUCAGGUGCACGCCAUGGGGUGACAGAGGAAGCACUCUCUAGCGAACUGCAGCAGUUGGGGCUGCCACGUGAGCUGAGUGCUGCACUCUGUCGUGUCUACAGUGACAACCUACCUGCUAUUACUGCUGCUCUGCGUGACAACUCACUCCGCUUGAGCCAUCUGAAAGAUGUAAGCUGGCGUGUUGACUUGGUUGGUGGGUCAAAUGUUUUGUCUGUUGAUGGUGAAAUCAGACCAGAAGUGUGCUUGAAGCUUCAGGUGCUUGAUUGUCUAACAGGAGAAGAAAAAUAUCACCAGUUUAACGUGACAGAGGAUCAUUUAAACAUAAUGAUUGAUGAUCUGAAAAAGGUGACAGGCAUUAUUGAUGGCCUGUAGAACUUCCAGCUGUGAAAUACAUCAAUAUAAAACAGUGAAAAUCAAAAUUGCUUUGUUAUGAUGGAAUUCCAUUAAAUUGUUUUCUUUCCAGUAAUAAAUGAGAAAUGUAUUACUUGAUGAAAUGUUAAGAAAUUUGCCACUUCAUAUAAGUUACACCAUGCAUUUCUUAUGAGCAACUGUAUCAAUGGUAAUAAACACUUUUUUAUAUCAGAA